AUGUCAGCAUUGCAUCAGUUUGCCCUAGCAGCAGCUCGGGCUGAAUUUGCCCGUGGGCUUGCCUGGGCUCGUGGGACCAAGCUCUUGCCAGGGCUGGCCCUUGCGCGCUGGAGCUGCUUCCUUCCCCCCUGGGCUGCCUUUUGCCCGGUUUUGAAGCAAGGGUGGACUUGCUCUAAAGUAGACAGUAGACACCAGUUUACAGAGUCAUUAGGUUUGAAUAGUUAA